CGCCGGAUGGCCGGAGCACGCAGCAAUUAUUACUUCUACUUUCUCGUCAUGACGAAUGAUAUCAUCCCUGGACAUUGAUACACGAUGAGCGAAGACCAAGACGAGGUGAGCAUUUACUGCAGCUUGGAUCACAGCAGUAUCAAUGAUGAAGGGGAGAACACCAUUGUCUUCAUACACGGUGCAUUCGGGGACGGUAGCGGAUGGAAGGACGUUGUAUCCCAUUUCAAGGAUCAGCAUUUACUCUUGCCCGACUUGCCAGCCCAUGGCGUAGCACGACAUCUCGAUAGAUUUUCUGUCCCUCGAGCAUCUCGCCUUCUACGCGAGCUGAUUGUGCGCAAAGCACAUGGAGGCAAAGCCAAGGUGGUUGGCUUUAGUUUGGGCGCACAAGUAGCGGUGCAUCUUUGCUCGACAUAUCCUGAAGUCAUCGAUGAGACUGUAUUCGUCUCUGGCUACGGAGGUCCUUCAUCCCCUACCGAGUCACCCAGGCGAUUCCUCCCAUACGCUGCGUGGAUGUCACAGCGAGUGGAAUACGCCUUACCCAGAGGAUUGAUCCGGUAUAUGAUGGACGGAGCGGAUAUGCCUCGAGGAGAUUUAAGUCAACACACUCUGUCCCUCUAUCGAGAUAUCUUCACGCCUGAGAUCAAGACAGAUUGGCCAGAGCCUUGGCCAGCCAGGACGCUGAUUGUAGUAGCUGGGAAAGGAGACUUGAUCCCUUCGGCUGAUAAUCCCAACGUGGCCAAACGACUCGCUUCGAUCGGCCAAAAGGGCAAUGUAUCGACUCUGGCAGUGACUCACCCACUUAUGCGACAUCCUUGGUUACUCCAGGACCCCGAACUAUUCGCACGGGCAGUCAUGGCUUGGUUUGAACGUGCCGAGAUAGUGGAUGGAUUUAUCAAGCUGUAGACGCGGCGGCGGCUGCUUAAGAGGCGCGGCAGUCUUCG